AUGUCAACCAGCGAGUACACCCCAAAGUUCGCGCCUUUCUUCUCCUUUGCGGGAAUUGCAUCUGCAGUGACAAUGGGAGCAGCAUAUGGGACAGCUAAGGCCGGUAUUGGUAUUUCGGGCGUUGGGACGUUCAGACCGGAUCUGAUUAUGAAGUCUCUGAUUCCCGUCGUCAUGUCCGGUAUUAUCGCAGUUUACGGCCUCGUCAUCGCGGUUCUCAUCGCAGGAGAUAUGUCCCCACCGAUAGGAACAACACCACCCACCAGCUUGUAUACGUACGUUUUGCCAUACGAAUAUGUCUCAGGGGCUAGGGAUAAUAAUAACAGGAUAUACAGAUCAUUCAUGCACCUCGCAUCGGGACUGUCGGUUGGUCUUGCGGGUGUGGCCGCAGGAUAUACCAUUGGAAUUGUCGGAGACGCGGGUGUUCGCGCGUAUAUGCAACAAUCCCGGGUUUACGUUGGAAUGAUUCUUAUCUUGAUUUUUGGCGAAGUUCUAGGUCUCUACGGUUUGAUUGUCGGUCUGAUUUUGAACUCGAAGAGCAAGCCUUAA